UUCAACCGGAAAGUGCUUGGACGUGGCGGAUCUGGAGGAGGCCUGGGCUGUGAAGGAAGUGGAAGAGCUGUCACCAACAUCUUAACGGAGGAGGAGCAAGGCUGCAUCAAGCAAAGGAACAACGGCGGCGGCGGAUCUGGAGGGGGCCUGAGACAAGAUGGAGAAGUAGUCAUCAUCUUGGCCAUGGAGAGAAACAGAGCUGAUUCAGAGAGAGGAGGGAAGAGCGGCGUGGUUGGAGCUGGGGAGAUCCAUCGGAACGGCGCCUUGGUAUGCGGGCUUGAGAGAGUUUCUCUUUAGGGCGGGCAAUACAAUAUUUAGGACAAUAUCCCUAGAGUUUAAUUAGGCUAAUAUACAUGCAUUGUCACCCAAGAUAAAAAAAAAAAAAUUAACUGGUAUGCAUGAGAUAUUGACAAAAUCGCGGAUUCGUGAGAAAGUUUUUCUUCCAACAUCUAAAGAAGCACAUUUAACUUUCACCGUUUACAACAAGAGCUAGUGCCUAUAAAUAGCCUUGUUUUAGUUCCUCCUCAUCACCUCACUUCAAAAACAAAUAAAAACUAUUCCCUUCAAACUCCAAUUGAACUUAUACUAUAUAUUAACUUUCCCAAGUUGAGAACAACAAUGCUCGACUCCGCCUCAUUGCUUGCGUUUGUUCUAGGUUUUCUCAUCCUUGCACUGACAAUGAAGCGUAAGGAAUCGACGAAAACCGUAUUAAUGACUUCAAACACAAGAAACCUCCCUCUCCCUCCCGGACCAAAACCAUGGCCUCUAAUCGGAAACCUACCGGAUAUACUAGGGAGGAACAAACCGGUGUUUCGGUGGAUACAUUCCCUCAUGGAAGAACUCAACACUGAUAUUGCAUGUAUCCCUCUCGCCAAUACUCACGUCAUUCCCGUGACAUCCCCGCGGAUUGCAAGGGAGAUUCUGAAGAAGCAAGACUCCAUUUUCGCCACUAGACCGCUAACCAUGGGCACGGAGUAUAGCAGCCGCGGGUACUUAACCAUUGCGGUGGAGCCACAAGGCGAGCAGUGGAAGAAGAUGAGGAGAGUGGUGGCAUCUCACGUGACGUGUCAAAAGAGCUUCAGAUCGACGCUCGAGAAGAGAACCGAAGAGGCCGAUAACCUCGUACGGUACAUCAAUAAACUCUGUGUCAAAAACCACGGUAAUGGUUUUGAUCAGGGUAUUGAUGUUAGGCAUGUGGUGCGGCAAUACAGCGGCAAUGUAGCUCGGAAGAUGUUGUUUGGUGUAAGACAUUUUGGCAAAGGAAGUGAAGAUGGUUCUGGUCCGGGGUUCGAAGAGAUUGAACAUGUUGAUUCUUUGUUUACGGUUGUAACACAUCUUUACGCCUUUGCACUGUCGGAUUAUGUACCGUGGCUGAGGUUCUUGGACUUGGAAGGCCAUGAGAAGGUCGUGAGUGGCGCAAUGAGGAAUGUAAGUAAGUACAACGAUCCUUUUGUCGAUAAAAGACUCGAGCAAUGGCGUAAUGGGAAGAUAAACGAGCCUCAAAAUUUUCUUGACAUGCUUAUAUUGGCAAAGGACACCAAUGGGAAGCCUGCUCUAUCCGAUGAAGAAAUCAAAGCACAAGUGACGGAACUAAUGUUAGCGACGGUUGAUAAUCCGUCAAAUGCGGCAGAGUGGGCCAUGGCGGAGAUGAUUAACGAGCCUAGCAUCAUGCAGAAAGUCGUGGAGGAGAUCGAUAGGGUAGUUGGGAAGAACCGCUUUGUCCUUGAAUCCGAUCUCCCAAGUCUCAACUAUUUGAAGGCUUGUGUGAAAGAGGCGUUCCGGCUACACCCAGUGGCACCGUUCAACCUCCCACACAUGUCGACCGCCGAUGCAGUGGUGGACGGUUACUUCAUUCCCAAGGGAAGUCACGUGCUGAUAAGUCGUUUAGGGAUCGGGAGAAACCCUAACGUGUGGGUUAAUCCGCUUAAGUUCGAUCCUGAAAGACAUUUGGCCAAUAACCAAAACGUGGAGCUAAACGAUCCAGAUCUUAAUUUAAUAUCGUUUAGCGCGGGGAGAAGAGGGUGCAUGGGUUCAAACAUUGGCUCAGCCAUGACGUACAUGCUGCUGGCUCGGUUGAUUCAAGGGUUCACGUGGUCAUCAGUGCCUGGUGACAAUAAAAUUGACACUUCGGAAAGCAAGAGUGAUCUUUUCAUGGCGAAACCUUUACACGCGGUUGGAACACCUCGUCUGGCUCCACACGUUUACUCAACCUAA